AUGUCUAUAGGAACACGAGAAAAACGAGUUUUAUACGAUAAUCCAUGUGCACCUAUUGUAAAAUUUGCUCACAAAAAUUCUUAUUCAAAGAAUAAUAAUAAUGAUUAUUCUGAUGAAGAAGACAUGACUGAUGAUCAAUUGAUAUCGACGGCUAAUAAUGAUACAUUAUUAUUAAAUCCAACUCUUGGUGAACAAUCAUUCAAAGCAUUAUCACUUGAAGAUCUUGUUAAAUCAUUUGAUAAUACAAUAAAUGCUUGUUUUACUGAAGAACAAGUGAUUGAAUGCGAAGAAGAAGAAGAACCCAAAACACCACAAAAAGAUCUUGUUGCUUCAUCAAAUACAUGGUCUGAACUAAUCGAAAAUCUUCGUACAUCACUUCGACAUGAUUUAAAACUUCCCAAUAUAUCUCAAAGUUGCCAAAUAGCAAUGAAUAGUAUCUAUCAACAAACUAAUAAAACGAGUGUUAACGAAGAUGAUAUAACGUCAAUUGAUGAUUUGAAUGAAGACGAAGAAGAAGAAUUGCGUGAACAACUAGAUAUGCAUUCAGUGAUUAUUUCAUCUAAUCACGAACCGUUUCUUACAGCCGAACAAGUUAUUAGUGAAAUCGAUUUUAUGCUACAAGAUAUGACACCUGAUUCAGGUUAUUGCGAUGAUCAAUCAACAUCAGAUAUACUUGAUUUACGAACGCGACGUGUCAAAUAUUUAUCAUCAAGUGUUCAUAAUGAUGAAAUGGAUUUGAAAUUACAAUCGACUUAUUCAUUAAAUGAAUUAUACGAAGAAUUAAAUGCGUCUGUUAAAGAUCUAUCCAAUCUUCUUGUUCAAGAAUUAGCCGUACGCGAUGAGCUUGAAUAUGAAAAAGAAACAAAGAAUACAUUUAUUUCACUCGUUCUUAGCAUUCAAAAUAAAUGUCGACAUCAUCAUCAUCAUCAGGGCGAAAAACGUCCGAAACGUCGUUCUAUACUAGAAAACAGCAAUUAUAUUGAGCCGGGGACGUAUCUAACAACGGUGAUUCCAUACGAUCGUGAUCAUCCAACAUAUUUAUCAGUUGAACAUUUACAAAGUUUAAAUAAAAUACUGAACGCUAUAAAUGAAGAUAGUCGUCAAGUGCCAGAGCUUUUAACAAAAUACAUUCUCAAUGUUCUCUGCCCAUGCUGA